AUGUUCUGGGGGCAGCAGAACAGUAGUUGUAAAGGCGGCGGCAAUGUACUAUAAAUUUGAACUGCAUCUUACUGAUUUAUAUUAUUGUUCAUUUUGGGUCAGUAUAAUUGAUUCCUAGCCAUAUUUAGCAAUAAUAUAUUUUAUACCAACUAGUGCUGCUCUUGGGGCAGCAGAACUGUUGUUUAUUUGUGCAAAUCAUGUUAGAUUAAAAUGUUUUUAAGGCUGUAGGGUUGGCUUUAAACGUGUUGAUUUAGAUUAUUGCUGCAUUUUGGGUUAGGAGGAUUAAAUCAUAUAUUCACAUAGGUUUGUUUAAUUGAAGAAUAUCUGACUACAUACAGCGUAUUGCUGCUCUUGGAGCAGCAGAAUUGAACCAUUGGCAUAAUGACUGUUUCAGAUGAGCAUUUGAAAUUCAGACACAGCAUAAUGCUGCUCUUGGGGCAGGAAAACUGAAACAUGUACAAGAUUAGUCUGUAGGGUUAGCAUUACCACUUUAUAUAGAGGCUAACGCUGCUCUUGGGGCAGCAAAGCACUGGUUUAAAAAUCAGAAGUAAUUAACUAUAUGUUUGAACUACAUCUUAUUGAUUCAUAUUCAUUGGGUCAUAACUGAACCAUGGUAAUAUCUAUCAAUAGUGUGUUUGGCUUUAAAUCAUGUGCUUUGCUACUGGCAUAAUGGCCAACCUUUUGUAAGAAAAAAAAUGAAAUGGGCACUGUAACUCCUGUAUAGAAGUAAUGGUACUAUUUUUUUGUUUUCAUGUUUUGUUUUGUUUUUUGUUUAGGAAAGAAAAUGGAGAAUAUCUGGAUUAAAGGUGUUAGACGAAAGCUGAAGAAGGUUACAGAUCCUGAUGUCAUACAAGAAGUAGUUGUUUUUGACGAGCAAUGGGACUUCAUGAAAUCUUAUAUCAAGAAAUUGGAAGAUGAAACUCAGAGCUACUUUAAAUCUCCUGUAUGUACUCACAAGAACUACUAUUACUACGCAUGUGAGCGGUCCAGCAAACCAACUGGAAAGAGCAAAGGAAAACCAACACAAACCAGGGCCAACUCUUGUGGGGCCUAUGUGUCUUUUAGAAUAAUAAGAGAUGCUGCAUUUACAGGUGCUGUUGUGAACAAAAUGUUAAAACACCAUGGACAUGAUGUUGACAUUCAAGAAGAGGGUGUAAAAAACCCUGUUGACCCAGAGCUACUAGGUUUCAUUGAAAUGUGGCUUGAGCAGGGACUGUCAGUUUCUGAAACACUUUUAAAGAGUGUUGAUUGGGCAGAACGUCAUGGACAUGUAGACAAACACAAUCGUCGUUAUUAUGUUACACCAGAAGACAUAAGAACAAUCAAAAAGAGCAUAAAUGCACUAUUUUUUCCUGACGUGAAUGAUAGUGUCAGUGUGGAUAUUCUAGCCACAUCAGAGCUGAAAGAAAACAUUUCUUUUUAUCAGCCUUUAAGUGAAGAAAAUCCAUUGAUAAUUGUAGUGCAGACUCCCUGGCAAAAAGAACUCCUGAAAUUACAUCCACAUCCCAUGAUGUUCAUGGACGCCACCUACAAAAGCAUAACUUCGUAUGGCUAUGCAUUCUAUGCACUUCUUCUGAGCAACAGCAUUGGUAGAGGAGUUCCAUUUGCAUACUUCAUAGUCAGUGAGGAAUCAGCAGCCACACUCUCUCUCUGUCUAGAAAAGCUUUCUAGCUCUAACCCUGGUUUUUAUCCCAGGUCAGUGAUGGUUGACAAGGACCUAAAAGAGCUCAAGGCAAUAGCACAGGUUUUUCCUUCAGCAAAGGUCCUCAUAUGCUGGUUUCAUGUUCUGCAGGCAGUACACAGGUGGUUGGUAAAGAGAGAUGGAGGAAACCUUCCAGUGGACCAAAGAAACAUGGUCAUUCAGGCAAUGGCAGCAAUGAAGGUGUGCCUAACGGAAGAGGAGUUCAUCAACACAGCCGACGUAAAAUGCAAGGAGCUGGAUUCCUACCUUGGCAGUUCACAUGUAACCGCCUACUUGAAGCCUCAGUGGAUUUCUUGUGGACAGCUGUGGUCCAAUUUUGGCAGGUCAUUCAGUCAUGAGAACAGUGAAACCAACAACAAAGCAGAAAGAUUCUUCCUUACAAUUAAAUAUCAGUUUCUAAAGGGAAACACAAACCGGCGGAUUGAUCAGCUGCUUCGCUUGCUGUGUGGAGAUCUCCAGAAAUAUUAUUGUUACAUGGAAGACUUGGCAGAAAUUGGACGGAUCAAGGGAGCCAACACUGAAGACUUUUCUAAUGCUGUCAAAAGUAUGAUUGAGAAAGGGCUUGAUUCAAAAUGUACAAUUAAUGAAAAUGGAACAUGUGUUGUUCCACCUGAUACAGGUGCACAGAAUAACACAGUUGAUUUGGUGAUGGUUAAAUGUGACUGCAGAAGAUCCAAAAGUGGUGCCAUGUGUAAACACAUUGUUUUCUCAAAAACAGUUGCACAGCAACAAGGAAUAGACAUUCAGGACAUCAGGAAUUCUGUUGCUAAAAAAAUAAUUAGCAGUCAUUCAUACUUUUCAGAUGAGGAAACCCUCACAGUCUUUCACAGUGAUGGGAGUUCAGGAACUAUAAAUCACAGAAGUUCAAACUUGUGUACAUGUGUAGCAAAUAGUUAUGGUGAGAAAUGUGUCUGUGUUUUGGUUCGUAGCAUCCUCUUCUUGGCGCAGACACCUUGUGAGCUGAUCUCAAAUGAUCCAGUUUGCCACAAAACACCCAUGAUAAAGUCAAAGGCUGACUUGCAGACCAUGCUAACAGACCUUAUUAAAUGGAGUCAAUCAGACAAGUACACUAAGAAUGAAGAACUGUACAAGACAGUCGAGAGGGCACAUAAGCUUGUUUUUUCAAACUUUUGUAGUCUGUCUAGAAAAAAAAGAACAACAGCACUACAUGCCUAUCGGCAAAGGAUAAAGAAAGCACAAAAAGCUGUCACUAUGAAUUACAUUUGUAAACGGAAAAGCAGAGGGAAAAAAAAAAAAUUAGUAAAAUUGAGCUAAAUGUAAAAAGAGUUUUCUCCAUCUUCAAGCUGCUCUUUAGAAGAUACAAGGUUUUAACAUUGUAAUAAUAUGCAAGUGGUUUACAAUGAAUGUUGAUGUCAAGUUCUUGAGACACUUUAAUGAGAUGUAUAGAAUGCAUUAUCUGUCAAUUGUAAUUGUUUUAAGUUAAUAACUACCACUGUCAGAAAUAUAAGAAGCCCUCUUUCUAUUGCAGUAUUUGAAAAGAAAAAGAGGCAAACGUGUUAGAAUCAUAAGAUGUUUUCAACAAAUGAUAAUGAAAUUCCUGUAAGUUAACUAUGAGCUGCUAAUUUAUAGUUGAGUUGAGAUUCUCUUUUAAAAACAUCUGCAAAACCCCCAAGUAGUCAACUUUGUAAUUGCAUAGAAUUGUACAAUGUACUUGUUUUGGAAAUACCUUGAUUUAGAUGAGUUUUCAUAAUUCCUACUGUGUGGAGUACCACAAUUGUGUCAUGUUUGGAUUUACUGAGAAGCUCUUUCAAAUGUAUUUGAUUUGUUUAUUUGAUUUACCAACUGCUUCACACUGGGAUUCUCCAAUAUGGUGGAAAAAUAAAAUAAACAAAUAAUAAAAA